AGAGGCCGCGCUUGGAGAGGGGUCGGGGCGGGUCUCUCCCCGUCCGGGCACAAAGCUCCGGCGCCGCCUCUACCCCCUCCCACCCAGCAGCAGGCGGCGGCGGCGGGUCCCUCGCCUGGCCGUGCCUUCAUCUCCCCGCUCGCCCCGCGUAUGAGUCGGGCAUUGGCCAGCCGGCCGGCGGCCCCCCUCUGCAGCCGAGGCCGGAGCGGCUCCAGUCCCUCCCCGCGUGCUCCAUGGAGAAGGCAGCGGCCGCGGCGACGGCGCAGGGCGGCCCCGAAGGAGCGGCGGCAGCCCCGGGCGGAGGCAGUAACAGCAGCAGCCGCAGCAGCAGCCGCCCCACUUCGGCCGGCUCCUCGCCUUGCUCCUCGGCCGGCCGGGGGCUGUCGGGCCGCCAGGCAGCAGCGGCAGGGGGUGCUGCUGGAAGGCCGGAUGGAGGCAGCAGCAGCAGCCCCAGUUCAGCAGCGGCCAGUCCGGGUGCGGGCGGCGGAGGGAGCCUGACGCCCAUCCGGAGGUCGGAAUCGGUGCUGGAGGGGGCCCUGAGCAAAUACACCAACCUGCUGCAGGGCUGGCAGAGCAGGUACUUCAUGCUGGAUUAUGAGACUGGAAUUCUACAGUAUUUCGUGAAUGAACAAAGUAAAACCCAGAAGCCACGAGGGCUGCUGUCCUUAGCUGGAGCUGUAGUUUCUCUCAGUGAUGAAGCUCCAAACAUGUUGGUGGUAUACUCUGCUAAUGGAGAAAUGUAUAAGCUGAGAGCUGGUGAUGCGAGAGAGAGACAGUAUUGGGUGACUCAGCUCCGAUCCUGUGCCAAGUAUCAUACAGAAGGCAAUUCAAAGAGCUCCUCAUCUUCUCGAGUGAAAGGCUUGUCUUUGUUUCCUCACGGAGUGGCCAACUCCACCUUUCCUGGUUCCCAGAAAAAUCUCAAUCAGAGUGGGCAGCCAGUUGUCACAAUUACACAUCACAAAUCUCCCGCAGCGGCCCGAAAAGCCAAGGCACAGCGUCCUGCCCAUCUCCAUGAAGUCAGAGAGAUGAUGAGCCAAGUGGAAGGACAGCAGAAGAACCUUGUGCAAGCCAUUGAAUCCCUCCCAGGUUCUGGUCCUCUUUCUGCCUUGGAUCAAGACUUGCUGCUUCUAAAAGCUACCUCUGCUGCCACCCUCAGCUGCCUUGGAGAAUGCCUGCAGUUGCUACAACAGGGCAUACACCAAGUGAGCCACCACAGUAGUAGCAGGUCAUUGACUUCAGAAAGCCUACUAGGAUGGCAUGGGCCAAAGUCUCAUUCCACUGAACCACUAAAAAAUGGUGCCCUUAAUUCUUUGACAUCUGCCAGUGCCAGUCUUACCUGGGCAGUAGUACCAACUUCAACACAAGAUGGAGAAGAUGUGCAGUUGGCUACAGAGCAUUCAACUUGCGAAUCAAUUCUGCUUGAAGAUGAGGUAACAGAUACCGAAGAUAAUAUGGAAGAUGAUUUAGGAGUUAUGGAUGAUCAGCGGAGCAUAAUUCUUCAUCUCAUCUCACAACUCAAACUUGGAAUGGACCUAACUAAAGUAGUCCUUCCAACAUUUAUUCUGGAGAAGAGGUCCCUGUUGGAGAUGUAUGCAAACUUCUUGGCUCACCCAGACCUGUUUCUGUCGAUUGAAACAGGGACCACACCCGAGGACAGGAUCAUUAACUUUGUGGAGUAUUACUUAACAGCCUUUCAUGAAGGCCGCAAAGGAGCUGUUGCCAAGAAACCCUACAACCCAAUCAUUGGAGAAACUUUUCAUUGCUCUUGGGAUGUGCCUAAAGACAAAGUGAAACAAUCCAAAACUAAUAGUGCCUCAGCAACUCCCAAGGACCAGAUCAAGGGGGUUGGUCAGGAUCCGUCCGCGUGCUACAAGCUGAGGUUUGUAGCUGAACAAGUAUCCCAUCACCCACCAGUAUCUUGCUUUUACUGCGAAUGCAAGGAGAAGAAGGUGUGUGCGAAUGUUCAUGUGUGGACCAAAAGCAAGUUCAUGGGAAUGUCUAUAGGUGUUUCUAUGGUAGGUGAAGGUGUUCUCUAUCUACUGGAACAUGGGGAAGAAUAUGUAUUUACGCUACCUAGUGCCUAUGCGCGCUCUAUACUUACCAUUCCUUGGGUGGAGCUUGGAGGUAAAGUCAACAUUCACUGUGCCAAGAGUGGCUACUCGGCUACUGUCACAUUCCAUACCAAGCCUUUUUAUGGAGGAAAAGUACACAGGGUCACAGCAGAGGUGAAGCAUAAUCCCACCAACACUAUUGUCUGUAAGGCACAAGGAGAGUGGAAUGGCACACUAGAAUUUACAUACAGCAGCGGAGAAACCAAAAUAAUUGACACUACUAAGCUACCCGUUAUUCGCAAGAAGAUUAGACCAAUAGCUAAACAAGGUCCGUUUGAAUCAAGGCAUCUGUGGCAAGACGUCACCAUUGCCCUGAAAGAAGGCAAGAUUGGUGUAGCGACAGAACAUAAGCAACUCCUUGAAGAGAGGCAGAGAGCUGAGGAGAGACAACGAGCAGUUAACAGUACCCCAUGGAAACCAAAAUAUUUUAUCAAAGAGGGUGAUGGAUGGCUAUACUUUGAUCCCCUCUGGAAGACCCAUUGAUAAAGCCUGGACUCAUGCAAAGCCUGUUUCCUAGAGGCAUUAAACAGAUGCACUAUUUACAUUUCAGGUGUGAUUAAGUCUUGCUACAAAUUAAAAACUGUGUACUGUGAAUAAUGCAAUUCCAAACAGCUAAAAACUCAAGUUUACUGAGGAACCAUUAUCUGUGUAUCUAUAGACUUGCACACUUGCUGUGUAUUAUGUAAAAGCCUAUUUUACACACACACACACAAACAGAUAUACACACACACGUAUUAAGGACCUGAUCUUUCACAUUGUGGCCAAUGCAUACCACUUUGCUUACAGGAUCAGGUCCUGCAUUGGGAAUUAACACUUUUUAAAUUACUAAUUGACUUUUUCUAUUUUUCACAUUGCCAAAAAUGUUUUGCACUUAGAACCACUUGGCGCUGAUGGCCAUUUCAUGGUCAAACCCGUGACUUAAAUGACUUGACACAAGAAUGCUGAUUCUCCUGGGGUAUCUGUGUAAAAGCAUGUUUCUCCUUGCAACGCACUCUCAAGCACUUGUUUCCUGGAGUCUUGGAAGAAGAUGGAAAUAUCUUAAGCAGCCUUGUCCAAGUUCGUCCACUGUAUCCUGUUCUUCCAAAGCAGGUUUUGCAUACUCCUUUUGUUGCUAUUCGUUUGGUCCUUGGGCAUCAGUGUCUCCAGAUGGUGUCAGAGGAUGGAUGGGGCAGAGAUCUCUGAAACAGUCUGCUUUGCAGAUCAGUAAUUGCCCUUUUGAGCACAAAUUUAUUUUAUCUUUUUUUUUGGCAACACUAACCGGUUAGAUAUUUUUUCAUUUAUAGAGAGCAUAUAUAUUCCUAGACUCUUAAGAAAAUACAUCUAGCUGCUGUGACAGUCCUUCAUGGCAAAAGGGCUUUCAAGGGUGAGAGAAUCCUGCCCCAUACAUCAUCUUCAAAGCAUUAGUGCCUCCCCCAUCAUGAAGUGACCCCUGAGCAACAGAGUAGAUGGGUUUACAGACUGUCUUUUCUAAUGUUUUGUAAUACUCAGGUGGGACCCAAUCAGGUAUUCCGAAUUUUCUGUGGAACAGCAGGUAGAAGUUAAUCCUAGUUAUAGAGUGGCCCCAGUUGAUGGAUCAGGCAGGAAAACUGUAUGCACUGCAGCUGUUUUGUAUGUACACUUUCCUUAAUCCAGCCAAGGACAUGCAUGCCAAUGUUUAGCUGCACUGGGGCAAUAAGGGAUCCAUGUGUAUUUCUAACUUCUGAACGGUUCACAUUAGCUUAGCUGGCUUCAGGAAUUAGGCUGUGAUUCUGUAUGGAGUUUGGACAACAAUUGAACGAUUCAUACACAGGACCAAUACAUACAAGGAACCCUAUCAAGGGAAUUUUUAUGAACAGUACUGAUGUUUGGUUGUGCUUCAGUUCUGGCAUUACUUCAGUUAAUCUCUCUUAAAGGCAAAACAGCCCAGAUUUAAAUUAACGUCUUUGCGUAGAAUGUUCUCUGCUCAGUCUUAAAUUAUAUUUAUGGCAUCCAUUUAAAGCAAGCGAUCUAUUUAUUAGUCAUGCAGACCACUCUUUACAUUGUAUUGAUUAUUUCUGUGCCUUUUGUUAAAUCCCAGCUACUCAUAUGUUGUAUAUAAACAGGAAAGAUCUAGUUAAGUACACCUAGUAAUAUUAGCUUUUUUUUAAAAAAAAAACACCAUAGUUUCUGCUAAGGCAGCAGUUGAAACUGUAUGUAUCUCUUAUAAAGGAAUGUAUCACAUCAUGUUACCUUUUGAGUUAUCCUUUCAUUGUCUGCUUUUCACUGAAAGAUCAUCACAGCUGCCUCACGAUGCAGUGAUCAACCCACUCCUCAGCCACCUUAUUGUACACUUGCCUCAGCAUAUGAAAGCCAUUGUAUUUACAAGAGUUUUUGUCACAGUUUAUUUAACCUCUUUUAAAGGAAAUAAAACAUGUACAACCUCAGACGUAUAGAAAUCUUGCUUUGAAAGGAAAGCUAUACAGAUUAGGUUUCUCUCUCUUGGUUUUUAACUCCAGUACUACCGGCAAACCUCAUUUACCCAGCUUGUGUCUUGAGGCUUUGGGGAAUCAUAGCAGAAUCAUUUGAAAUUCAGACAGGUGUCACCAUUCAGCUUUCACAGUACCAUGCUUUGAUCAUUCACCAAAGAACUAGCUACAUUUCUCUUGAAUUAUUUUUGUCUUUAUGUUCCCUUUGACUGAAGUCCUAGAUUCUCCCCCUCUAAUUUGAUGUAAUGGUGACAAAUACUAUCAGUAAACAAGAGCAUUUGGAGGCCAAAGAUAAGAUUUGGAGAUCUGCUUACAUGUAAAUGAAGAGCUGAUUUGGAUUUAGGGCCCUGAUGCUGGAAGUUCUGGUGUUUACCUCUCUCCUCUUCCUCUACUUCCCAGGUAGGAAUUAUCCCCUGGAAUUGCCAUUAGAUGUGGUCAGAGGAGAAAAGUCAGGGGCAGCAGAUGUCUGGUACAUCACGUCUUAUUUUCUGCAUGGCCAUACUUCAUGGAGCUGGUUGCUUGCACUGAAAUUAAGGUGUUUCACAGUGUUUGCAGGAUCAGCCUUGUUAAUUAAUACUACCUUUAUGGGCACCUGAACCCUCAGGUGAAGUCUGCCAGGGUUUAUUUUCUAGGACAAACUGGCACAGAAUAAUGCUGAUCAAGAAAAAACAAAAUCCCAAAUUCCGUCCUAUUUAAAUACGGCUCCAUGCAUUUUGCAACUGAAACAUUAUGUUGGGGGUGUGAAGAAGCAACAUGCCUUAUUUGUAGUCUUCUGUUUGUCAUGCAACUGAAUACUUCCUUUGAGUGUACACUUUGGACUGUAAUGUAAAUUUUGAUGUACUUCCAGUUAACCUUUGUGCACAGCUGUAGGACCUAUGCAAAAAAUUUUCUUACAUAGAAUUGUUCAAAAAGUUUAUACUUAUUUGUUAAAACUGAAUUAUCGGGCAGUCACUUCUGAUUAGCCUUCCUUUCAUAUUUGAAUUAAAAUCACAAACUGGAGACACUCAAUAAAUUUUCUUUGAAUGUA